UAGAUGGCACUGAAAACAGGUUUUACAACAAUAUUGAAAUACUAAGAGGAACAAGGAAAGGAUUUAACCACUCGUUUCCUUUAUUUUUGCGGUAUUAUGGCAUGUUGCAAAAUAGUCCUGUUGACUCAUACAUUUCAAUUAUUUUGAAGUGCUUCAAAAAUGGAGGCAACGUGCAAUGCGUUCGUCGUCGGUGUGCAGACCUACUACACCCCGGCAAUAGUUUUCAUCGGCGUCUUCUGCAACCUGCUGAACGUGCUGGUGUUCACGUGUACGCGCCUCAGGAGCCGCAGCUCCAGCCUCUACCUAGCGAGCCUGGCCGCGUCGGACGCUUGCUUCCUCUUCGUACUCGGCCUCUCCUGGUGGAGCGAUAAUUUUGGUGACGCGGUCCUCAAAAAUUUUGGCUGGUGCCAGUUCCUCUUGUACCUAAGCGUCACUUCUGGUUUCUUCAGCGUCUGGAUCACCGUCGCGUUCACCACUGAGAGACUGGUUGCCGUGAGGUUUCCCCUGCAUAGAAGCUAUAUCUGCACUUUUUCCAGGGCGAAGAUCAUCAUUUUGGUCAUACUAGCGUUGUCUCUCCUCUGCAAUCUGUACACCCUAUUCACAACGGGCAAAGAGGAUCCCAAACAAGGCUUUGUUUGCGAUAUGAAGCCACAAACACUUCAAUAUCUAAAAGGUAUCUUUGUGGCCGACCUAAUGCUGUCGCUGGUGAUACCGCUGGUUAUGAUCUCAAUAAUGAACACGCUCGUCGUGCAAAGCCUUGUGCGUUCCCGGAGUCAACUUAAAUUUAACGUGACUGCCAGUUCAAGCAAUGCUGAGACUAUAAUGAUAUAUUCAAAUGACUCAUCGUCACGGAACAUGGAGUCAAUUGAACUUCAGGAUGAAAAGCCAGAAGUCAGCAGUAAUGUUCCAAAUCAUACUCCAGAUGUCGUCCAACGCUGUAUCAGCUCGUCCAAGAGGGUGCAAAGGAGUGUAACAAAUAUGAUGCUGCUCAUUUCCAUCUCGUUUUUAGCCCUGAGCACACCAAGCUACAUCGUUCGUCUGCUGAUAAUAUUCUCGACAAAAGACGAAGCAGAGAAAAACAACCUAAAGUGCGUACAAAAGCUAUGCAUGUUGAUGUAUUUCACUAAUUUUGCGAUAAAUUUUUUGCUGUACGCUUUUUGCGGCAAAGCUUUUCGACAAUGCCUCGUAGAGAUUUUAAUGAAAAUGUACAAGUGCUGUGUUGGGAAUGUCAUGAAAUGUUUUCGUUGCAAUUUAAACAAAUGA